UGGUUAUUUUCAUACGUAAAUUUGUUCUGUUUAUUUACAUUUUUUGUACACAUUGGUAGGUUAAGUUAUGGAAUUUGUAUUUUCGUAUUUUCAAUUUAAUUGAGUCUAUUCUUUUGGCCAGUUGGUGGAGAAAUGUUGAGCGAUAUUAUUAACAGAAAGUUGCCAAGCAGAUGUGUUCUCAUUCAAGACUCAAUAGAGCAGAGUGGUCAACCACUUCUGGAGGCCUUCAUCCAGCGUGCGGUUGACGAAGAUAGAAACAUCUGUAUUUUCUGUUUUGAAACUCCAGUCACAGAAAUACAGAAAAGCAUUAAAGGGGUUGAUCGUGAAAGAAUACAAUUUUAUGACUGCUUUUAUGACCAUCGAAACUGGCUUCAUUGCUGCGGCAAGAGAAGUGGUAACACAGAAAUUUUGGAAAUGGACUCAAAGUGUUUGCAACGAGCAACUCUUCCAGAAAGUGAUUCCCAGAUUGUAUUCAUAGACUCUCUCUCCCCACUCCUCUGCGGCACUGACUUGUGCAGCUGUUACGCACAGUUACAUGCAUUGUGUAACUCUGGGCAGGUGGUGUGCCUGGUGCACGAAGACGUGCUACUGGAUGCACGGACGACGUUGGCCGGGCUGCGCCACCUGGCCACCACCUGCGUCCGCGUGCUGCCGCCCAGCCCCGCGUCGCGAGGCGGCCCAGUGGCGGAGGUACGCCACUUGAAGCCCGGGGGCGGUGUUCUGCGGCAGACAGAAAGAUUUUUGAUUGGUGCUAAUAAGGAAGUUACCAGUGAGAAGAUACAAUCUGGAUCUGGAAGUUCUGUUGGGACCAGACUUCCAGAUUCAAGUCAGCUGCCACCAGACCUCACCACUUUCAAGAUAGAUCUCAAACAAGGUGAAAAACAGGCGCGGAGCAAGCUUGUGCUGCCGUACAUCAGACCCAGUGCGGAGUCGACAGAUGUAGGCGGAGGCAAAGUCUUUUACCAGCCGGAUGCUGCAGAUGACUGGGAUGAGGAGGACCCAGAUGAUGAUCUUGAUAUUUAGUCUGAGCAGCAACUACAAACAUGGCUG